GAGAACCGGGCUGCUGGUGGCGAAGAUGGCGGAUGGGGACAGUGGCAGUGAGCGCGGUGGCAGCAGCGGCGGUGGAGGGGGAGGAGGCGGCGGUGGGUUUCAACAUUACCAGCGGGACUCGGAGACCCAGGAGCUGGCUUCGAAGCGGCUGGACAUUCAGAACAAACGCUUCUACCUUGAUGUGAAGCAGAACGCCAAAGGCCGGUUCAUCAAAAUCGCCGAGGUCGGCGCCGGGGGCUCGAAAAGUCGGCUGACCCUCUCUAUGUCAGUUGCGGCAGAGUUUCGCGACUACCUGGGGGAUUUCAUAGAGCACUACGCCCAGCUUGGGCCUAGCACCCCGGAGCAGAUCGCUCAGUCUUCUGGAGGGGAUGACACCGGGCCUAGACGGGCCUUGAAGAGCGAGUUCCUGGUGCGUGAGAACCGAAAAUACUACCUCGAUCUGAAGGAGAACCAGCGGGGUCGGUUUCUCCGGAUCCGACAGACCGUCAACCGAGGCCCCGGUUUCGGAGUCGGAGUGGGUGGCAUUCCCGGGGCUGGCCUGCAGGCCGGACAAACCAUCGCACUCCCGGCCCAGGGCUUAAUAGAGUUCCGCGACGCCUUGGCUAAGUUGAUAGACGACUACGGGGGAGAUGAGGAGGAGCUGGCCGGCGGCGGAGGGGCCGGGGGCUACAGCGAGCUUCCGGAGGGCACCUCGAUCAUGGUGGACUCCAAGCGGUUCUUCUUUGACGUGGGAUCCAACAAGUACGGAGUUUUCUUACGGGUGAGCGAAGUGAAGCCCAGUUACAGAAACUCUAUAACAAUCCCCUUCAAGGCGUGGAGCAAGUUCGGGGGAGCGUUCAGCCGCUACGCCGAGGAAAUGAAAGAGAUCCAGGAGCGGCACCGGGAUAAGAUGUACGAGAGGAGGGCCGGAGAGGAGUCGGAGGGCGACGACGUGGACGACGAUUGAUGGAGAGGUGGCUAACUUACUUGUGAUGAAGCUGACAACAUGAUGCAAAGCCUGGUGAUAAACAGAGAAACAGAGAGAGAGAGGAACGACUAUUCUGUGCAUGACGAAUCGAACAUUAAAACGCUAAAACAACGGAUUAAAAUAAAAGUAUAUUUGACUGAGAAAUUACUGUCUAUAUAAGAGAAUCAUGUUCUAAAGUUUAGGUGGAUGUUAUAGCUAAAUUAGUGCGGACUGCAGAAGUCAGCUCUGUAUGAGAAUCCCCAUUGAUUAAAAAAACAAGCCGUGAAAUAUAUCUAUAUAUAUAUAUAAAUAUAUAUCUCUCUCUAUAUAUAUAUAUAUAUAUAUAUAUAUUGAUUGUGUAUGUUAUAACACACGUGUAGCCCAGCAAAUUAAGUUUGACAGCGCUGAAAACACAGCAGUAGGCUACUAGUCCCACUUCCUGGUUGAUAUCCAAUGGUAAGAGCUCACCUGGCCCUGACCUGUGGUCUGUGAUGAUGAUAAUAAGGAAGUGUGACAUACUCAUACCAGCAGGUGCAGAGUGGGAGUGAGACAGCGUCCGCAUCACUCACCGUGGCUGUGUGUGUUUUCUUCUAAAAUGACCUGUAACGGACAGCUUGCCCAGACAGACCCACAACACCCGGAGCCACAGUCUCAGCUAUAGGGGGCAUCCUUGGCAUCGCAGGACAUCCGCUCGGCCCAGCGAGGUCCCGUAAGGUGAUCUGUUACAAGCACACGACUCAUUUGGAUUCUAUGGACAAUCCAAAUGAGUCCAAACGACCCGCACCCUCUUCCUUCCUCCCCCUCCCCCUCCCCCUUUCCCUCUCUCCCUCCUGGGCCAUCUCUCAGGUGCUAACCUCCUGCUCCAAUAGCUGAAAUGUGGCGAGGCCUGCUCAUGUGCGGCUUCUUUUGUGUCAGUAUUUUGGGGUAUAUCAGCAUUACCUGUGCCUGUGCGUCAUCCUCAAGAGGUUCCUGGUGCAGAGCUGGUCAGCCAGUUGCUGCAGCUGAGACGUCUGUGGCAACUGAUGAUGUCUCCUAUGAUGCAGGCCCACAUCUGAGCCCUGUGACCUUUUGAUCAAAGGGGACGCGGUGAGCUCAGACCUCCAGCACUGGUCACGAUGUUUCGAGUUAAAAGCUUAAUAUUGCCGGGCUUGAGCUAUCGUCUCAAGGGAAUUGACCUUGUUGACUUAUUUAGGGUGCGCCAUUUGGAUCCUUUAAUCUUGAACUCAGACCAUUAAUGACUGAAGCAAUAUUCAGUCUGAUUGUAAGAAAAAUUAGGUGCUUUUGGAAAACAAGACCCACAGUGGGGUGCUGUACCUAAAGGAAAAAAAAAAAGAAAAAUAUAUACUGGAAGAGAUUUACUUACUAAAAAAGAUCAAGUAUAGAUAGAAUUAUUUUUCAAAAGAGAUAUAUUGAAAUAUGUCUUAGAAAUAUGAGACAUUUAUUAGAUAAUGCUGCCUAAAGUGGCUUAUUUAAAACACUAAACUUGGAUGCAACUGUCCAGGGUGAUAUUUCAUACCUGCUUUUUUCCUAACAUUUCUUUUAUUCCUUAGAGGAAAUUAAGAAGAGUACAACAAAUUGAUAACACAGUAUGUGAUAGCAAUUUCUAGAAACAACUUCAUUGAAGUAGUUUGUCAGCAAACACUCAGCACUCCAGUUCACUUUACAUAGCAUCGAGUUGUCCCCUCGUUUCAGUCCAACCGUUAAACCAUGUUUUGUCAUAAACUGGCUUUCCAUCAGUUGCCAUACGACGCAAACGCAAACACCUGCAAUCAUCAACAUUUUGUCUUUAGUGCUCCUUUUAAUAAUGCGAUCUUUUUUUGCAUGCCUGCUCUUACGCGGAGCUGCCUUGUGUUCUUUUCUUUUGCAUACUCUGAUUGCUGUAUGAUGGUAUUUAUCCAUUUUUGAGAGCGGUUUCAAGUUUUAUUUCUUGCAAUGGAAAACAAAAGUUUAAAAUUUACUUCGUAGCCUAAUAAUAAAAAAAGAAGAAAAAGCCACAAAGUUCCCAUGCUUUGGGGAAUGUCACUUUCAUUGUCCCACUUCCUUUGGUGUGUAAGCCUCUUGUUGAAUUUUACUUUACCCACUUCGACACAACAAAUGCAGAAAUGCCAUAUGAAAAAAAAAAUAAACACCUGGGAGCAAUAGUUUUUUUUUCUUUUAUAUUGAUAUAAAUAUACUAUAUAUAAUAUUACACAUGAGAUUGAACUACAUCCUUCUUCCUGUACUGUGUUACGUGAAAUGGCAGCUGUUUCAGUCGUGUGUUCUGCUGUAAUAUUCUACCAAGUUCCUUUCAACAAGAAAUAAAAAAGGUUUUUGCUCAGGA